AUGCCGUCGCCUCAGAAUGUGCGUCGGGCGGUCUUAGCAGCUGCCGUGACUUCCGUGACCAUUGCAGGCACGUUGUACGGGGCUGGCUUAAAAACAAAUGAGGAGAUUGCCGAGAACACCAAAAAACGGCAAGAGGCGACCUUCGAUGAGCAAAUGGCAGCUCUCCAAGGCAUGCGCGCGAACCUGACAGCCCGGAGAGGAAUGAUUGAAACUCAAAUCCGAGAUUUGGACACCAGAAUCCAAGAAAAGAAACAAAGAAGUGCAGAGGGCAGUGACAAAGAAAGAUCUCAGGACGGCCAGUGA